CCUAUAAAAACCUUCAGCCUAAAUGUUUGGGUCUCACAUUCCAAUUACCAAACACCACAUGACAAGGAUUUCAGUUUGUCUGCAAUCAGUGAGUUACUGGUAACACAAGCCCAACCAACAAGACCAACAAGCGUCACUUCAAGUGUUCAUCUUCAAGGAGCAGGGUUCUCAAGCACCUCUUGCCGUCUUCAUCUUUUGAGAAGCAGGGUUGAGAUAAUAGAGACCAUCUUGAAGAUGAGGGGACCGGUAGUCUAUGUUUUCUUAUUGAUGGUGGGAUCGCUCCUCCCAGCAGUGCAUGGCUGCAUCUGCAUGCCCUCUCAUCCGCAACAAGACUUUUGCCGAGCAGAUUUAGUCAUCGUCGGUACAAUAGAGAGCAGUCAGCUCAUCUCAGCAGCAUUACUUUCCCCGAUCAGACUUGGCCAGCCAGACAUCAUCGCCUACUCCAUCAGCGUUGAGAGUGUGAAAAAAGGAGACCAACACCAAGCCCUCUGGAGCAGUGAGAACACACUACGCAUCAAUACAACGGCGACGGAGAACUCUUGUGGUGUGCCUGGGCUGACUGUAGGACAGCAGUACGUUCUCUCAGUGAUGGUCGUGAAUGGCAAAGGAUUCCUAAAUUUCUGCCAGUUCCGUCAAGUCUACUCAGAGUUGACAACCAUGCAGCGUCGAGGUAUCAAUGGUGCUUACAUGGGGGGAUGUAGUCAGUGCCAGAUUGAAACCUGUUGGGCUUAUGGUAACUGCCCCGUGACCACACCGGACGACACGACCUGUAUGCACGGCAACAGACAGACCCAUGAAGAUUGCUACUACUAUCACGGUUACUGUCGGGCUAGACCAAACGGCAAAUGCGUCUGGAAGAAAAACGCAGAGUUUGAGGGUUGCCUCCAAUCGACAAACCAAGUGUCUUAAGAUUUGAAGAGCCAGAAUAAGGAUCGGAUAAAAAGAUGUGUACAUAGUGGCUAGUUCUCCCUCCCCCCCCCAACAAAAAAAGACCCCCCCAAAAAAACUAAUAAAGAAGGACAUGUACAAAAAAAAAAUUAAAAAUCAUCAUCGUUACAACAAAACAACAGUAAAAAUAGGUACUGUAAGCAAAUUUUGAAAAGUUUCCUUAUUUAAAGAAAUUAUCUCAACUCCAGCAAAGGCAAAUGCUAAAAAUAAUACAGCCAUUGCCACUUAAACACAAUUUGCUAGAGUAUGUGUAGGUGUAAAAAUGAUUUGGGGUCGACUGAAGGAAAAAAUACUACGGCUGGAUUUGAACCAACGAACCAAAUAAAAAAAAUAAUACAAAAAAAAAGAUCUUUGGGAAACGUGCUGGUGCUCUGCCAACUGAGCUAUACCUUGGCCUAUGUUGGUGGUUCAGCGACCGUUAGUAGUUUUCAGCCAAACGUUGUCAGUUUUCACCACGAUGCAGAUUCAUCCCAAAUACUGAUGUAGAAAUUGUGGGAUGAUUGCCCUCAAAGUCAACGCACGCGCAGAUGACAAAUUAUGUCAUCAUAAGGUUUAUCGCGAAUAGCAAAAUAUCAAGAGAGGGCGCUGCUGAACCCACACAAAGGUAUAGGCGUUGCGUGCACGAGUCGUAGAAACUGCAUAGAAACCGCCCCAUAUUCCUUCCCACUUGCAAUGCGGUUCUAAAUCACGAUAAACCUUAUUACCAUUGCAGAACCAUUCGUCGUCGAAAACAAAAGCUCCCUAUUACCGAAUGCUAACAAAGGGCUAGAUAGCUAAGUUGGUAGAGUGCCAGAGGUGGGAGUGGGAGGUCAGUCAUUGGUUCAAAUCCCUAUCCAGUCAAGUAGUCUUUGGUCAACCCCAAAUCAUUUAAAGUCUAAAUACCCAGUCAGUUUCUCUUGGUUUAUUGUGAUAUUUGUAUAUAAAAAAUAAUCAAUUGUAUCAAUAUCUCCAAUGCAUGUUUGGGAUGUUGGAUUAAUUCUAGUGCGUAUGUUUAGUUGUUAAAAUCGCUUGUUUUCCUCAAAUCUGUUCACAAAGCGAUGGAUUGUACUAAUUGGGUAAAGGUAAAUUAUUGUGACACUCAGGUGUGACAUUAAACAUGAUCAUACUUUUACCACAUGGGCUCAAAAGCAUAUUUUGAAUUUAAAUAAGUUCAUAAAGAAACAACAACAAUUGUUGAUAAUUUUACCAGGUUGUUACACUAGGUGUGACAUGAAAUAAUUCACUGUAUUUUGUUACGCAAGGAGGAAGAACAAAUGUCCUUGUAACACAAUUAGGAAUCUUAAAAAUUAAAGAAAAUUUAGGGGAAAAAAAUACAAUUUUUUUCCCAGAGAAUGCAGGUUUUUUAUCAUGAUUCACUGGGGGAAAAAAAAGGAAAAGGGAUGGCAAGUGUGGAUGAAAGAAUUGUAAAUAUGAAUUAUUGCACUCUUAUAUUAUAUUAAAUCCAAUUCUAGAUAUUGUAAUUACUGUUUAUAUCACUUAUGUUAUUAUACAUCAAUGUAAUGCACAAACCAUUACUAACAGAAAUUACCAUAGUUAUUAUUAAAAGUAUUGACAAGCAUU